GCCUUGUGACGUCAUACGGGCUAGGUGACGUGGCACCGGGAACAUCAGUAGCUACUCCUCAGCAGCACGCUCUUUACCGGGCAGCACCGAGCCGUUCGAGACGACUUUCUUCCCCUCAGGGCUGUACGAUCGAGAUAAUGGCGUCAAAUAACAGUCAGGUUGGAAAGUGGGAAGUCGUGAAAAAAAGCAAGAAACCGGGCACCGCCGGCAGCGGAGGGAAAAAUCUCGGGGAGAAGAAAACUGGACGGAAAGCUCUGAGCGAAUCCAACAUGACGAGGACCGACCAGUUUCCUCCCCUGGUGACAUCGGGGACAUUGUUCGAGGCUUUUGAGAAGAUGGGGAAGAAGCAUAACAAGGAGCAGGUUCCUCCAGCUGAGCCCAGCAACAAGAAGCCUUCAGCGGGCAAACAGAAGGCCAAGCUUCCCCCUGCCUCUACACAGACACACAACACACACAAGAACCUGGAGGAUGCAUUCAAAGCUAUGGACGUGGGGGAGCUGAAGCAGCAGUUGGACCGGAGCCAGACUCUGUUCCCUGACAACCCGUCAGUCUGGGUCAAAGACCUGGCAGGAUACCUCAACCACGCCCUGGCUGCUCCGGAGACUGAUCCCACCCUCAGCAGCUACACACAUGAUUACCCAUACUGCCUUGCGGGGAAGGAGCUGAGGGGCGUAGUCAAAGCUUUGAUUGGUCGCUGCAACGAGAGUCUACAGGACUUCUAUGACCACUGUGUUUACACCAUGCUUAGAGAACUGGACAAACAGACAGGAGAGCCUCUCCAUGGUUACCGGGUGUGUAUCCAGGCCAUCCUACAAGACAAGCCCAGAAUGGCCACACAGAACCUUCCUGAUUAUCUGGAGUUGUUGCGGUCAGUUCAGAACCGUCCGGUCAAGUGUCUGACAAUCAUGUGGUCUCUGGGACAGGCUGGCUACUACGACCUCAGCCAGGGGCUACGAGUAUGGCUGGGCAUCAUGCUGCCAGUCCUGGGGGUGAAGGCCUUGUCGUCCUACGCCAUCGCAUACUUGGAGAGACUACUGCUGCUCCAUGUUAACCUGACUAAAGGUUUUGGGGUCAUGGGACCUAAAGACUUCUUCCCUCUGCUGGACUUCGCCUACAUGCCAAAGAAUGCCCUGUCACCAAGCCUCCAGGAGCAGCUGUGUCGUCUGUACCCUCGUCUGAAGGUGUUGGCUUUUGGGGCGAAGCCUGAGAUGACCCUCCACACCUACCUGCCCUCCUUCCUGUCCCGGGCCACGCCCCACUGCCCUGAAGAUAUGAAGAGAGAGUUGCUGAGCUCCAUGACGGAGUGUCUCUCUGUGGACCAUCAGAGUCUGGGGGUGUGGAGACAGCUCUACACCAAACACUUACCACAGUCCAGUCUGCUGUUAAACCAUCUACUGAAGUCCUGGAACACCCUGCCACCCAAGUUGCGCAGUUGGCUGCAGGAGACUGUCCAGUCAUUCAGAGUGACCAAUGAGGAGCUGAGAGACACUGCUAACUCUACUGACCUACAGGACUGUAACAAGCUCUGUCACUGUCUCCAGUUGAAGAUGUCAGGACGAGGUUUCCCCUGGUCCAGACUCUUUAUGGCUUUACUGGUGUUUGCUGCCGGGUUCAUUACACAUGACAUCCGAUCCCGUGGCUCCUUCACAGACUCCACCACAGCAAGCUAUCUCCACAGUUCAGGGGUGAUGGGAGUGUCUCAACAGGCCUGGAGCAAAGUCACCCUCUACUCACAACAGGGCUUCAGCUGGCUGGAUACCAACACUCCCUACUACUACUCAGAGUGUGUACGUGUGUUGAGUCCGGUACUGGAGCAGACCUGUGAGAGAACUAAAGAUGCUGCCAUCUACAUCUCACAACUCACAACACAACUCAUUGACUGGAUCAAUCACAACACACCCCUACUAGUAGAAUGGCUGAGUUCCAGCACUCCGGACAGUGUGUUCCUGCUGAUAGACUAUCUGAAGCAGCUGUUACUGUUCCUCCAUACCAACUACCUGCUUCCAGCUCUCUCACACGCCUCCCAUCUAAUAGUACAGGCCUGGAUGGCACUGCAGGACUCCUGCAGUGGGGAGGUGUCUGUAUCAUGUCUCCAGACCUACGCCCUCUCUCUGACCAACUCUACCUGGCUCCUGCUACAAGACACCAGCAACGCCAUCAAGACCUGGAUACAAGACCUGCUUCAGACCUGAUACACACACACACAUUUAUACUGAUACACACACACACAAACACACACACAUUUAUACUGAUACACACACACAAACACACACACAUUUAUACUGAUACACACACAUACUUCAUGCAUAUACACGCUUUAAACACAGUCUGAGACUCUUUGCUUGCGUUGCUCUGGCCUCCUCCCUUAGCCAUCUCUCUCUGACUCUCAUGGGCUUUAUUGGCAUGGGAAAUGUGCUUACAUUACCAAGUAAAAUAACCAACAGUCUGUCACUAGCUAGGUGAAAUAAACAACAGUCUGUCACUAGCUAGGUGAAAUAAACAACAGUCUGUCACUAGCUAGGUGAAAUAAA